AUGGCUUCUCCGGUCAAGAGACGCGCUCUGGCACCCCUCGACGCAAACACCACAGUUUCAUCGCCACUUCCGGCCAAGAACGGCCUCGUUGGCAGCAAGCCCCUUCUACGGGGAGUUGAGGCCGCUCCUGGCUUGUCUAUGCAGAGCGUAUGUGAAGCGCCACGGACGCAUACAUCUGCACCUGCGCCUGAGCAGCCAAGCUCGACAGCACAGAAGCGUUCUCUCCCGCCAGACGACCCUGAAGACAAGGACCGACCCACCACUAGCACGCCGAAGAAGGUUUGCCUUGAUGUGCAUGUACCGGCUGGCGAUGCUUGUUCUGUUGGGUCCGUGUCUGAACCAGCAUCGGCAAACCGUCGUCACUGCUCUAUGUCCCCCUGUCCAUCCUCUGUCUUCGACAAUUCCGGCAUUAUCGAAAUUUCCCAAACCACCAACGUUACAGAACCAAACGUCCAAGCGACACGGGCGACGGAACCACACACGCCGACGCGGGAACAAUCGAGACGGAGAGCCGAGAUACUGAAGCUCCGGCUUGGCCUGGCAAGCUACAAGCUUCGUACUGGCCAAGUCAGCGUGCCCUUAGACCAGCUGCGUAUCAUGCAGCCUACUUCUCAGUUGGCCAGAAGUCAGAGUUUCAAUAGCCUUAAUUCAAACAGCCGGGCUCAAAGCCGGCCUCGGAUACUACUGCCGAUGUCCCCGAAGCCAAAGCAGGCGACACGUCGGAGUAAUGAGCAGCCACAAUCGCAGCUGCCACGGCGACAGUGGACCGCAUGGGACCGGAGCCGGGGUCUGGCAAGAGGUAUGGGCGCGGUAGCCGCCUACAGCGACUCCAGCAGCGACGACGAUGGGUUUUUCGACGACCACCACCGAGGAGCGAAACGUAUGAACUUGGCAGCUGCCCCGCUUUUACGGAAUCAGACGGGUAGCCAUAACGAGUUUGACCGUAUCGACAGGAUCGAAGACAGUGAUGGCCAGCGAGAGCGUGAAGACAAAGACAAUAAUCGCUAUAAUGACACUAAUACCAGUAACAAGAGCAAAGUGGGAGUGGAUGAAGACGUGCACAGAAAGAUCAACGGCAGUCUGCCAUCCCUGCCACAACCAAUACAGCCUCGGGGUGUUCUUAGUGGAGGUGCAUCUGGUGGACUGCUUAGCAUAUCAAGCUGA